CCCCAAACAACACACGGCGCCGGCGCUCAAUAAUGACGCUAUGACGUUGCCCUGUACUCUUGACGACAACAAACAUGGAGGAGUAUGCCCGUGAACCUUGUCCCUGGAGGAUAGUGGACGACUGUGGAGGUGCUUUCACCAUGGGUGCAAUUGGAGGAGGGGUGUUCCAGUCGAUCAAGGGCUUUCGUAAUGCCCCUGCAGGUGUCGGACACAGACUGAGAGGGAGCGCAAACGCAGUGAGAGUAAGAGCUCCCCAGAUUGGAGGUAGCUUUGCUGUAUGGGGAGGGCUCUUCUCCACAAUCGACUGUGGUUUAGUUCGCUUGAGGGGGAAAGAGGAUCCUUGGAACUCCAUAACAAGUGGUGCACUGACUGGGGCCAUCCUAGCAGCACGCAGUGGGCCGUUAACUAUGGUGGGCUCUGCCAUGAUGGGGGGGAUUUUGCUCGCUCUCAUUGAGGGUUUUGGGAUCCUACUAACAAGAUAUACAGCACAGCAGUUUCAGAACCCUAUUCCUUUUGCAGAAGACCCCAGUCAGUUACCUCCAAAGGAUGGCGGUCAGCAGCAGCAGCAGGAGGCGAAGGGGCAGUUUCAGUAGAGACCAGCUGUGGACACAGUGAGUCAGACCAGUGGAUAGUGGCUGCAGAAGGUAUCACCAGGAGACUGAGAUACUGGUACCUACAGCGGUGUCAAGUAGUUGCACUAUGUUCUUAAACCUCAGGGGUAAAUUACUGCCAGUUUUAGUUAUUUAUGAGUGAAUGUUUGUAUGUAAACAAAGAUCCUUCUGACGAACCUCAUGUUUGCACCUCCAGCAUCUCAUGCAAUGUAUUUUCCAUUAGUGAUUAUUCAGUCUUCACUGUGACAUUUAUGAGUUAAAGCGGCAGUAGGCCAACCUUCUGCUGCCUCGUAUCACUUUGCUAAGCCCCUCCCUCCAAACCCACACCUUUGAACGGCAACCUCAGGCCUCGUGGCUCCCGCUCUCCAGAGACCCCAAUCCCUCUGUCUGUGAUUGCACCUUGUCUUUUCAAAGACUCCCCUCCAGAGCAGAGGGGGUGGUGGGGCCCCGAGGCUUCAGGGGCAGCUGCGACAAUGUCUAACAGUGGGAUGAGAGGAUGGUCCAGACAUCUUGUCCAGUACUGCCUCCAGCA